UAAUUGUAUAUUUAUGUGAAUUUCUGUUAUACCCUUAAUGAAGGAGUGACUUCCAUGGCUCCAUUUUAUAUAUAGUAUAAAAUCUGAAGAGGGAGAGAGGAAAAUGAGGAUUGAUCCCAUUGGCUAUAAUAGCUUUAUAAAAUUCCCAAAUAUGUUGACAUGUUUUAAAAUGUGCAUUUAGCUGAUAUUUAAGCAGUUUCAUAGAAGAUGAAAACUUUUGAACUAGUACAUAGGAAUGGAUUCAUUGACCAUUACUACCAGCCAUAAUUAAGACAGAAAAUGUGUGUUUGCUCUAUUGUGUGUGCACAGUGUGUAUUUAAAGUAUUCUUAUAAUAGUUCUAGAGGGAGAGGGAAAGAAUCCCUGUCCUUCAACAGUAGACAGUUUCUUCAGUUGUAUUUUCCAUCAAAUGCACAGUUGGUGCAGGUGUUUGGCUUUGACUUAAAAAGAUAUAUGUGGCAUAAUUAAAUUAUUUGAGUGCCAAAAUGCAUCUAAAACAACCAGUAGAUUUUUUUUUUUUUUAGUAUAUCUGUAACUUAAAGCCCAACUGAUAUGUUUGCAAACUUUUAAAUGAGAAGUGGUUCUUUGACUGAGACCUUUUAUGCUAAAUUAAUAGCUUGGUGCUAAAUUUUGCAGCUGAGUUCUAUAAAUCACCCAGAAUAGGGGGUUGGUAAUUGAACCCCUGACAGGCCUGGCACAGUUAGCAUUGCUAUGACGUCCUAGACACACACUUGCUGCUUUGCAAAUAACUUAAGGGUUGAACUGCAAGCUCAAAUGAUUUUUAAAUGACUUAUGCCGUACUCAUUAAACACCUUCCUAAUGCAUCUUCUAUAGUAUUGUUUAUAAGUUCUGUGGAAUGUAUUUGAGGUCCUCUGUUUUAAGUCAUGUUGAAAGGCAAUUAUGUUACAAAUGUCUUCUGAUGAGAAAUAACCUAUUCUAGGUAGCGUAUGAGGCCAAAAUAUUAGGCCUGGGAGCCUGAUCUUAUGCUUUCCUUAUUUGGAUCUAUUUGCUUUUUUUUUUCUUAAAGGAACAAGAACACUCAAGGUGAAGGAUAAUAAUCUACUAGAAUCAGCACUUUGAAUGAAAUUUUGUUUCCCUGUGGCAUCUUGAACACUUUUUCUUCUUUGGGUUUUGAAACAGACGUUAAACUUUGGCAUAGCAGCUAUGCAGGUUGAAAUCCAAGUAGCACUCAAUUUUAUUAUUUCAUAUUUGUACAAUAAGCUUCCCAGACGACGUGUCAACAUUUUUGGUGAAGAGCUGGAAAGACUUCUUAAAAAGAAGUAUGAAGGGCACUGGUAUCCGGAAAAGCCAUACAAAGGAUCAGGGUAUAGAUGUAUACAUGUAGGGGAGAAAGUGGACCCAGUCAUAGAACAAGCAUCCAAAGAGAGUGGUUUGGACAUUGAUGAUGUUCGCGGCAACCUGCCUCAGGAUCUUAGUGUUUGGAUUGACCCAUUUGAGGUUUCAUAUCAAAUUGGUGAAAAGGGACCAGUGAAAGUGCUUUAUGUGGAUGAUAAUGAAAAUGGAUGUGAGUUGGAUAAGGAAAUCAAGAACAGCUUUAACCCAGAGGCCCAGGUGUUCAUGCCAAUUAGUGACCCGGCAUCUUCAGUGUCUAGCUCUCCUUCUCCUCCCUUUGGUCACUCUGCUGCUGUGAGCCCAACUUUCAUGCCCCGCUCCACUCAGCCUUUAACCUUCACCACUGCCACAUUUGCUGCCACCAAGUUUGGCUCGACCAAAAUGAAGAAUAGCGGCCGUAGCAGCAAGGUCGCCCGCACUUCUCCCACCAACCUUGGCUUGAAUGUCAAUGACUUGUUGAAGCAGAAAGCCCUUUCCUCCUCCAUGCAUUCGCUCUAUGGGCUUGGCCUAGGCAGUCAGCAGCAGCAACAGCAGAAGACUUCUGCCCUUUCUCCUAAUGCAAAGGAGUUCAUUUUCCCUAACAUACAGGGUCAAGGUAGUACCAGUAGCAUAUUUCCUGGUGACAGCCCCCUUAACCUCAGUCCUCUCCAGUACAGUAAUGCCUUUGAUAUGUUUGCAGCCUAUGGAGGUCUAAAUGAGAAGUCUUUUGUUGAUGGCUUGAAUUUUAGCUUAAACAACAUGCAGUAUUCUAACCAGCAAUUCCAGCCUGUUAUGGCUAACUAAAAAUAAAACAAAUGAAAUACAAAUAAAUCCUAUUGUACAAGUUCAAAUGCACGUACCCAAGGGUGUAUCUUUUUUUCCACUUCUUGAGACUUUUUUAAAGCUUGUAGUAUGAAUACAUUCAAGCUUGGUUAGAUAAAUACAACAUGCAUCUUUUUUCAUUUGCCAGCCAAGCACAAAGUUAUUUUAUACUGACUGUACAUUAAAAAAUAUACUCAAAAUAUGGCCUCUUACAGUAUUUAAGAUAUAGCAAGGACAUGGCUGAUUUUUAUAUAUAUAUAAAAAAUUGGCACUAAUAAGUGGGUUUAUUGGUCUUUUUCUAAUUGUAUAAUUUAAUUUAGUACAAAGUUUGUAAAAUAUCAGAGUAUAUAUAUUGUUUCUACAACAUGGUAUUGCAUUUAUAUCUUUUUACUACAGUGAUCUGUGACAGCUGCAGCAGCUUCAUGUUGUAUUUUUUUUACUGAAAUUGUAAAAUAUCCAUCUUAGACAUCAAUUAUUCUAAAAAAAAAAAAAAAAUUAAAG